AUGACGUACCUCAUUAACAAUGAAUGUGUUGAUCCCCUGGUAUCUUCGCUCUAUGCCAACUCCUUCUUGGCCUCUUCCAGAUAUAACUUUUUGUACUCGGCCAACUUUGCCAAAUUGUAUGGAAGCAGUGGCUGGUCCCCGUCCCCCCGGGACAGACAGCCCUGGCUGCAGAUUGAUCUGAAGAGGAAGUACCGCAUCCAGGCCAUCGCCACCCAGGGCACCUUCAAUUCCUAUGACUGGGUCACCAAGUACACCCUUCUCUAUGGUGACCGCCCCGACUCCUGGACGCCUUACGUUAUGAAAGGAGGGAACUCGACGAUGCCUGGGAACUGGAACUACCACCAGGUGAAGAGGAAUGUGUUCCACUAUGCCUUCACAGCCAAACACAUCCGCCUCCUGCCCCUGGGGUGGAACACAGAGAAUGGAGGCAAGAUUGGCGUCAGGCUGGAGGUGUUUGGCUGUGCUUACGACUCCUACGUGAUGCAGAUGAACGGGGACGACUCGGUGGCCUACAUGUUCCCAGGGAAGAGGUUCCGGACCCUGCAGGACCAUUUUGCCGUGAACUUUAAGACCCUGGAGCAGGAUGGGCUGCUGCUACACAGUGAGGGAGUCCAGGGGGACAUCUUGACCCUGGAGCUGAGGAAAGGACGCCUCGUCCUCACCAUCGGCCUAGGAAGCAGUACGGUCAACCAGGUGGACGGUCGGACCACAAUGACCGUUGGCAACAUACUAGAUGACCAGCACUGGCAUUACGUCACCAUCAAGCGCUACGGUCGACAGGUCAACUUCACAGUGGACGCCCACACUGAGACGGCCAUUAGCAAAGGAGAUUUCACCUACAUAGACCUGGACACUCAGAUGUAUGUGGGCGGAGUGAUUGAGCCCAAUGUGCCCCACCUCCCAGAGGUUCCUAACUUCCGUGGCUGCCUGGAGAACGUCUUCAUCAACGGGAUCAACAUCAUCAACAUGGCCCAGGACCAGGAGCCUGAGAUACGCAUCCCUCGGCAGAUGCACUAUGCGUGCCGUGACAUCCUGUGGAAACCCAUGACCUUCGCCGGGCCCAACAACUACCUGCAGGUGCCUGGGUUCUUCAGGAAGCCUCGGAUGUUUGUCAAGUUUAAGUUCCGUUCCUGGGACUACACAGGCCUGCUGAUGUUUACACGCUUCGCUGACGACCUGGGAGCCUUGGAGCUGGGCCUGAGUGAGGGACAGGUCAAUGUCACACUCUUUCAGCCAGGCAAGAAGAAACUACAGUUCGCAGCAGGUUACCGUUUGAAUGACGGUUUCUGGCACACGGUAGACGUAGCAGCCAGGGACAACCUACUGUCCAUCACCAUAGAUGAGGAGGAGGGCUCUCCGCUGAAAAUCACCAACCCCUUCACUGUCCGCACAGGGGACCGCUACUUCUUUGGAGGGUGUCCGAAGACGAACAACACGAUCAGGAAGUGUGAGACCAAGCUGAACCACUUCCACGGCUGCAUGCAGCAGAUCUUUAUCGACAACGAGCCGGUGGACAUCGACAUCAUCCUGCAGCGACGCUGGGGACGCUACGCUGAACUGUUGUUGGGCACCUGUGGUAUCACUGACAGAUGUACUCCAAACCCCUGUGAACACGAGGGCAGAUGCAUCCAGUCCUGGGAUGACUUCAUAUGUCUGUGUGAGAACACAGGCUACAAAGGGGAGGUGUGCCAUAUGUCGGUCUACAAAGAGUCGUGUGAGGCCUACAGACUUACUGGCAAAUCCUGGUCAGGGAAUUAUACCAUAGACCCGGACCUGAGCGGACCCUUGAAACCAUUCGAGGUGUACUGCACGAUGAAAUCCGACAAGGCAUGGACGAUAGUGAUGCAUGACCGUAUCGACGGCAUCAAGGUGACCGGUAGCACGGUGGACCGUCCUUACAUAGGAGACGUCAACUACUGGAAUGCCUCCUGGGACGAUGUCUCAGCACUGGCCAACACCUCCAUGUACUGUGAACAGUGGAUCGACUACUCCUGCUACAAGUCACGCAUCCUCAACACGCUCAAUGGGAGACCGUACAGUUUCUGGAUUGGUCGAAAUAACGAGAGUCACGAGUACUGGGGCGGGGCUUUCCCUGAGAGUGGGAAGUGUGGCUGUGCUAUCAACCAGACCUGCACUGAUGCCAGGUUUCACUGUAACUGUGACGCUGACUACCGCCAAUGGUACUCAGACAAGGGCUAUCUGAUGUGGAAGGACCACCUCCCAGUGAGGAAGGUGGUGGUGGGGGACACCAACAGGACCGGGUCAAAGGCCCACAUCAGCCUCGGGCCCCUACGUUGCCACGGCGACAGGAGCAUCUGGAAUACCAUAUCGUUCACCAAGCCCACCUACAUCGAGUUCCCCACCUUCAGGCCAGGCAGCACCGUGGACAUCUCCUUCCACUUUAAAACCUACCGCCCCCACGGAGUGUUCCUGGAGAACUCAGAUGACUGGCUUCGUAACUUCAUACGCAUUGAGCUCAACACCACCCAGAACCUGAUCUUCAUAUUCAUGGUGGGAGACGGCAUCCUCAACGUGACGCUACGCUCGCCGGUGCCUCUAAACGACAACGAGUGGCACUUUGUCCAGGCAGAGCUCAACGUGAAGUUGGCCAGGAUCAAAGUGGACUACCAGCCAUGGGCUGUGAGACGCUUCCCUGGCCAGACCUUUGUCACCAUGGAGUUCACCCACCCUCUCCUCGUGGGCGCAGCCAAUCGCACGCUGUGGCCAUUCCUGGGCUGCCUCCGAGGGUUACGAAUGAACGGUGUGACCCUUGACUUGGAAGGCAAAGCGAAUGAGGAACAGGGUAUACGGCGGAACUGUACGGGCCAGUGUCUGAACGCGACCAUACCGUGUCGAAACGCCGCCCAGUGUAUCGAGGGCUACGCAGCCUACACCUGUGACUGCGGCAACACUGCCUUCGACGGAUUCUACUGCCACAAAGACAUUGGGGCCUACUUUGAGAUAGGCUCGUGGUUACGCUACAACAUCAGAAAGAAGCCUACGACCAAUGAGGAGUGGUGGGCUAACUGGCUGGACCCCCACUACCACAACUUCAGCCUGGGCUACAACGACACCAGUGAUGAGAUCGAGUUCAGCUUCAGUACCUUCCAGACGCCGGCUGUACUGCUCUACAUCAGCUCUUUCGUCCAGGACUACAUGGCUGUCAUCCUGAAGAAAGAUGGAACCUUAGACAUGAGGUAUAGGUUGGGGUUGAUUACCCACAAGUACCAGUUGUCCUUCAGGAACCUGGCAGAUGGAUACCCCCACUACGUCAACAUAACCAGACACAACAGGACCAUCAAGACACAGGUGGACUACAUGGAGCCGAUAGUGGAGAAGAUCACCCUAGUGGAGGACGGCAGGUUUGACUCACCCAAGAACAUCUUCCUGGGGAGAGUGAUGGAGGUGGGUGACAUUGACUAUGAGAUCCAGAGGCAUAACAGUCCUGGUCUGGUGGGCUGUAUAUCUGGGGUGAGGUACAACAUCUACGCCCCUCUUAAGACCCUCUUCCGGCCAAAUGAGACGGAACCGCCGGUCACCGUGCAGGGCUUCGUCUCCGAGUCUAACUGUGGGGCCUUCCCUCCUGUCCAUGGAUAUGUCCCCUGGGAGGCGGACCACUGGUUCACUUCUAUAGAAUACAUCUAUAUCCACGAUGACCUAGGCCUGUUUUGGUUGACAGUUGUUGUCAUCGCGGCCGUGAUAUUGCUGUUCAUAGGUCUGUACAGCAUCUACAUCUAUCUGUACCGGUACAAGGGCAGCUACGACACCAACGAGCCCAAGAACUUCCUGGAGUCCCCUGGAGGCAGCAGCUCCAGGCCCCUGACAGGGACCCUGGAGAAGAAGCGAUUUCCAGAGAUAGAGGAAGACUUUCGGAGUGACUAA